AUGGCUGCUUUGUCGCACUCCCAGCCAGUGAGCUCACCAGCGGGAGCAGAUGCCCAAAGCUCUGUUCAGAGAGGGGUCAAACCUCUAGAAAAAGGUGUUGGGGCACCAUAUGCUCCAGAAGGCUGGGGUUGGAAGGUCGGGAGGCGGGUAGGCAAAGAUGGAUGCUAUGUGGACCGCUACUGGUUCCCCCCUGGUGCUCAUAUGUUGUCAAGCAACAAGGAGCUGCAGGCAUACCUGGCCGAAAGGCAUCCAGACUGGGUGUUUGAGGACUUCAUCAUGCGGUACAAGUCAAAGAUUCCAGCAGAUGGCUGCGGUACCAAUGCGCCUGUGCCUCAUCCACUCUCCAACUCUCUGCCUGGUCCAUUCUCUGAGUACCCCCCUGUAGCAGCUGGUGCAAGGGGAGAGGGCAAACCUUACGCUCCUGAAGGCUGGGGUUGGGGUGUCGGCAACAGGGUGAAGCCGGAUGGGACAUUUGCAGACCGAUAUCUCUGGCCUCCAGGAGCGGGGAGCGCUGAAUAUCUUGCCAGCAAUGUUGCCUUGGAGCGAUGGUGCAGCCAAUGGGGCAUCCUGGGACAUCGACGAAUUCUGGAAGGAGAGGAAGCGGUUGCUAACGAGGGGGCGAACUUUGCAUCCUCGGCAGCAGAGACAUCUGCAGCGGGUGCAACCCAAUCGGCAGCAAACGCAGCCGCUGCUCCGGCCCUCUCUAGCCGUGGACGCCCGUUGUGCUCAAGAGAAGUAGAUGAGUAUGACUACGACUGCGGAUCUCCGAGCCCGCAAAAACCCUCGAGCAAACGGCCCCGACUGGCAGGUACCGCUGUCGCAUAUCCCGCUAAGUCUGCCUCUCCUGUCUCGAUCAAAGACAUUUUAGAGAAGUGGCAGCCACCCGUGGGGCCCUACUUCCCCGCCAUUGUUCUGCCCAAUCGGAAUUGGCACGACCACCUUCCGGAGCCAUCGGAGGGGGCCUUGUUUAUUGGUCAGUGUGUCUUUUUGCGGUCGAGCGAGGGUGGGGAGCUGCCCCCCUUCGUUGUGCGCAUCACAGAGAUUCUUGUCAAUCAUCCUGAAGGGAAGAUCGCCGCAGGGUACAGCUUUUAUAGGCAGUCUGACAUUCAGCAACUAGGGGGCUGCGAGAACUUCAAGUCAGAGGAUGAACUAGGAGAAGUGUUUGUGUCUUUUGAGAGAAUGGAGUUUGCUGCCGACGAGAUCGAGGGUCCUACUGUUGCGGACCCGUACUUCUGGGCCGACGAUGACGACAUGUACUAUAAGCGCUUCUUUGAUCGGGAGACGCUGACCAUCCACCCCAUCGACUUCAACCUGGUUGGCACACCGGAGAAGCCCAGCCACCUUCCAGACCUUCUCAUCGCUCUUCAGGCUGAACUGUUCCGGAGCAAUCCGCUCUGGGAAAUUCACAGGGGCAAAGCAGGAAGCCACGUGCAAAUCCGUAUUGAGGAGGAGGCCGAUUUGGCCAAGGUGCUAGGAGAUAAGUGGCUAGAGCAGAAGGCUGCGAGUGAUCGAGCGGGAGGUCUAGAGCAAAGUUUCAAAAUCCAUCUGCCCGUGGUGCUUGAGUUCCGGCCGAGGUCGGACAAACUUCUAAUACGUUUAGGGGGUGUCGAGAAGCUCAACGCGUCAGGAUACUCCUUAUGGAGCACGAAAGACAAUCCCACAGCUAUGAAAAAGGCUCCUGUUUAA